AUGGACGUUAGGGGUAAAUGUGUAAUCUAUAUUGGUGGAUUUGGUGGCAUUGGACGAAAAUGUAUUGAAGAAUUAUUAAAGAAGGAAAUUGCCCAUCUGUUUAUAUUCGAUUUGGCAACCAAUGAUAUAUAUUUGUCCAAAUUGCAAAAAGAAUUUCCUAAUUCUAUAAUCGAAUAUGUUCGAGUUGAUAUGUCCAUGGUGGAGACCAUUAAGGAUGCCUAUAAAGUUGUAAUGGACAAAACUGGCGGCAUUGAUAUCGUGGUCAAUGGGAGUGGCAUUUUGAAUGAACGUCUGAUCGAUUUGACCGUGGCCAUAAAUUUGACCGGUGUCAUUCACAGCAAUUUAAUAGCCCUAAAUCAUAUGAGCAAGGCAAAGGGCGGCCGCGGUGGUUUGGUUGUGAACAUUGCAUCCUUGGCUGGUUUAGAAAAUAUGCCAAUGACAGCUGUAUACGGAGCAACGAAGAGUGGCGUUAUUAACUUUACCAAAUCCAUGGCGGCAUAUUAUGAAUGUAGUGGUGUAAACUUUAUUGCCGUUUGUCCGGGAGCCACAAUUACCCCAAUUGUGGCAGAUUUAGCGUCUAAGUCCACAUUCCCGGAAUACUGUGAAGCAAUUUUGAAGACUCUCGGCAAACAAUCUGUUCAAACAGCCGAACAAUGUGCCCAAGCUUUUAUGAAAAUUGUGGAAACAGCCGAUAAUGGUACAAUCUGGACGGUAUUGGGUGGCAAUUUUGAAAAAGUAAAUUAA